GGCGAGGAGGACUGGGCGGAGGAGGGGGCUGGGGAAGCCCGCGGGAGGCGGCAGAGGAGGGAGGAACUUUCCAAAGUUGCCAAACAUGGCUACCUCGCCUGCGGAGCCGAGCGCGGGGCCCGCGGCUCGGGGGGAGGCGGCGGCGGCGACCGAGGAGCAGGAGGAGGAAGCGCGCCAGCUUCUGCAGACUCUGCAGGCAGCCGAGGGGGAGGCGGCGGCGGCGGCCGGGGCGGGAGAUGCGGCGGCGGCGGAUUCUGGGUCCCCGAGUGGCCCGGGGUCUCCCCGGGAGACCGUGACCGAGGCGCCCACUGGCCUAAGCUUCUCGCCCGAACAGGUGGCAUGCGUGUGCGAGGCGCUGCUGCAGGCGGGCCACGCCGGCCGCUUGAGCCGCUUCCUGGGCGCGCUGCCCCCGGCCGAGCGCCUACGUGGCAGCGAUCCGGUGCUGCGCGCGCGGGCCCUAGUGGCCUUCCAGCGGGGUGAAUACGCCGAGCUCUACCAACUUCUCGAGAGCCGCCCUUUCCCCGCCGCCCACCACGCCUUCCUGCAGGACCUCUACCUGCGCGCGCGCUACCACGAGGCCGAGCGGGCCCGUGGCCGUGCGCUGGGCGCUGUGGACAAAUACCGGCUGCGCAAGAAGUUCCCUCUGCCCAAGACCAUCUGGGAUGGCGAGGAGACCGUCUAUUGCUUCAAGGAGCGCUCGCGAGCGGCGCUCAAGGCCUGCUACCGCGGCAACCGCUAUCCCACGCCUGACGAGAAGCGCCGCCUGGCCACGCUCACCGGCCUCUCGCUUACACAGGUCAGCAACUGGUUCAAGAACCGGCGACAGCGCGACCGCACUGGGACCGGCGGUGGAGCGCCUUGCAAAAGCGAGUCUGAUGGGAACCCCACUACGGAGGAUGAGUCCAGCCGCAGUCCAGAGGACCUGGAGAGGGGUGUGGCCUCCAUGGCUGCUGAGGCCCCCGCCCAGAGUUCCAUCUUCCUGGCGGGGGCCACCUCUCCUGCGACGUGCCCUGCCUCCUCCUCUAUCCUAGUGAAUGGGAGCUUCCUGGCCGCCAGCAGUCCCCCAGCAGUGCUCCUCAAUGGUAGCCCAGUCAUUAUCAAUAGCUUGGCCCUAGGAGAGAGCUCCAGCUUGGGGCCCUUGCUACUCACAGGAGGAGGUGCCCCUCAACCACAGCCCAGUCUCCAAGGGGUCAGUGAGGCCAAGAAUUCUCUGGUCCUGGACCCUCAGACAGGAGAGGUUCGACUGGAUGAGGCUCAGCCUGAGGCCCCUGAGACCAAAGGGGUUCAUGGGACUACUGGAGAGGAAAUCCCAGGAGCCCUGCCCCAAGUAGUCCCAGGCCCCCCACCUGCCUCCACCUUUCCUCUGACCCCGGGAGCUGUGCCUGCUGUGGCUGCUCCUCAGGUUGUACCGCUCUCCCCUUCUUCUGGGUACCCAACAGGCUUGAGCCCCACCUCCCCACGGCUGAACUUGCCCCAGGUGGUGCCCACCUCUCAGGUGGUAACCCUGCCUCAGGCUGUGGGGCCACUCCAGCUGUUGGCAGCUGGGCCAGGCAGUCCUGUGAAGGUGGCAGCUGCAGCGGGGCCUACCAAUGUGCACCUGAUAAACUCUAGUGUGGGAGUGACUGCGCUGCAACUUCCCUCGUCCACUGCUCCAGGAAACUUCCUCCUGGCCAACCCUGUGUCUGGCAGCCCCAUUGUCACUGGGGUAGCUGUGCAGCAGGGCAAGAUCAUCCUCACUGCCACCUUCCCCACCAGCAUGCUCGUCUCCCAGGUCCUGCCUCCUGCCCCCAGUCUAGCCCUGCCCCUGAAGCAAGAGCCAGCUAUCACAGUGCCUGAAGGAGCUCUCCCAGUGGGCCCCAGCCCCACCCUCCCAGAGGGUCACACUCUGGGGCCAAUCUCUACUCAGCCACUGCCACCUGCUUCUGUUGUCACCUCUGGCACCAGCCUGCCUUUCUCCCCGGACUCCUCUGGCCUGCUUUCCAGCUUCCCAGCACCCCUACCCGAAGGUCUGAUGUUGUCACCUGCAGCUAUGCCAGUCUGGCCAGCAGGGCUGGAACUGAGCACAGGAGUAGAAGGGCUGGGGACACAGGCCACCCACACUGUGCUGAGGCUGCCAGACCCUGACCCCCAGGGACUGCUUCUGGGGGCUACAACAGGGACUGAGGUUGAUGAGGGGCUAGAAGCUGAGGCCAAGGUCCUGACCCAGCUGCAGUCGGUACCCGUGGAGGAGCCCUUGGAACUGUGACUGCCUGCAUUUAACCACUUCUUCUGACAAUGGUGUCAAGGUGCUAGGACAGGAAGAGGAACCCUCAGUAAAGUGGCUGCAGACUGAAGUCCCACACUACAGCUCUCCUACCUGGAUAAGCUAUAAUCCCUACAGGAGCCACAGGGACCACCACAGGUCAGGGAACUGUCCUCCUGAUGGCAGAUCUUGUUACAGCCCUUUCCUUGCUCUGCCUGCCCAGUAUGUGUGGGCACUAGGGGUCUUGGCUUGGGCUUUGCCAUCCUCUACAUAAUACUAGUGCGAGAAGGCCCUGCCAAGUGGCUAAUUUCCAGAUGGCACCCUCACUAUAACACUAUUAAUAGCCCCACUGAUACCCAUUUCCCAAAAUUUCCUGAGAGACCAGGGUGGCCUAGGGACAGCCCUUCCUGUUGAGGGGGGCUGAUGGGUGCACAGGGCCCUUCCCCUGCUUCCCUGGACUUGAGCUCCAGGAUCCAGCCCCAGACCAAAGAUUUCCCUGUCCCCUAGGGCAACUCUGGCCCCUUUGCCUAGUUUGUAUUGUAAAUCUUUAUUUUUCUAGGAUAUGUUAUGCCUCCAUUUCAAUUAAAGUCAAGUUAACAGACAACAGAGCUAUUGAGGGUAAGGGUUACCUGCCAGACAACCCACCCAAGAGAGAACUGGGGACAAAGCCCAGCCAGAGGCUGUGGCUUGUUUUCUUGUUUGGGUUGUGAGAUGGGGAUCAUGUUUUAUAUAGCCCACGCUGGUCUCACAUCCCAUAUUUCUGCCUCAGCUUCCUGAAUGUUGGAAUUAUAAACAUGGGUCACUACAUCCUAAGACUGGAUUUCUGAGGUAAAGGGUUUGAGUUCAGACCUGUAGGCUCGGGGUGGGGGGGUCAAAGUAUAGAAGCAAAAUGCUUAUGGAUUUGAUAUGUGGAAAGCCCACCCAUGGCCAAGAGAUCCUGGACACAACAUUCCUUCUCCCCCUGUUGGUGAAACAGU